UUUGAACUCACAUAAGCUAUUUAAUUCUUCUAUCAGAUUCACUGUCACAGUUCAUUUCUGAUAGUAGUAUUUUCAAUUAUGUUUCUCAUUUCAGUUUUUGCUUUGAAUGUUCUGUUUAUUUCUGGGUUUUCUUCAACAGAAUCAUCUGGAUCUGAUGAAUCCGAAUACACUGAAUUCAAGAAAAUAUUCUGUGAUGAUGAAAAUGGCACGAUUUCGAAUGUUAUGGAUGAGUGCUUUGAAGAAAUGAACCUCACAAGAUACGAAGAUAUUAUCAAAGAAUGCUAUACAGGAAUAGAUGAAGCUUGCGGUAAAAGCAUUUAUGAUUGGUAUUGUGCUAAUUCGGAGGAAGCCAUGGAUAAGGCAGAUGAAUGCGCGGAAAACAAGGUUAAAGAGCAAGAAGGUGAAAUCGUCAUUGAUCUGUUAAAGUAUGAAAUACUGAACUGUACAGAUUCCAAAUUAGAAGAAGAAGAAGUGGAGAUGGAAUAUUAUUAUUCAGGCGAUAAUUGAAAUAAAAUUGAAAAUCAAUUUCCUUUUGCUAACUAUGUUUUUGAAUUUUCUUUAUUAAUACUUUAUUAAAACUCAAUCAUUUAA